AUGGCUCCAACAACAGCAGAUCCAAUUGCAAAGUGGCGCAAGAAUAAAGAUACGGCAACAAAGAAACGUAAAGGUAGUGAUGAUGAUGCUUCGUAUGAGCCUUCGGCGAUUGAUCUUAAAAAGAUGAAAAAAGAAAGGGAGAGCACAACUGAAAGAGUUGAGACUUCUACAGUGGAGACUCCUAUAGUUGAAUCAACUGAGAUUCCUAUUCUCACAUCGCCAAGGUCUCCUUUUCUACAAACGAUGCAAGUUCAUAGUGAAGAAGUUCUUCUCACGCCACCACAACAACAUCAAAGUGUCCUAGAACCUGAAUCGACAACUAAAAGAGCAUCAAUGCAAAGAAAAUUUGAUCAUGAAGCUGAAUUCAAUGCAACCUUUGACGAAAGUGUUGAAGCUAGACUCUCAAAGUUCGAACAAGAAAAAGCAGCUUCUGAUGAUAAGUUGAAAAAUGUUGAUGCUGAAAAUGUCGUGUUAAAGAAUGAAGUGCUAGUGUUGAAUGAAAGAGUUACCAAUCUUGAAGCGAGCAACGUUGUAGUGAAUGAAGUUGUUCAAGGUUUAGUAACUACUAACGAAAAUUUAUCUUCUUCUAACACUUCUUUGAAUGCAAAAAAAGAAAUUCUUAAGAAGAUGGUGGAAGACCAUGAAGCCUACAAGGAGAUUAAAUUAAAGCAGCUUGAAAAGUUAUAUGCUAUGAUUGAAGAUAAGCUUGGUGAGCCAAAAAAUGACGAUGAAAACAAAGAGGAUGAGGAUGAAGAAGAAGAUGAUAGUAUUUUUGAUGAUAUUGACAACUAUCAUGCAAAUGAUGACAAUCGUGAUGAUGAAGAUGAUCAAGAUAAUACUGGUAUGAUGGUUGUUAAAUAUUCGGGUGUUCAUCAAGUGCUUGAUUAUCUUGAUGACACUCAGAAUGAAGAAAGAAUGGAUGUAAAUCCUCACGGGGAGAAAAGGUCUGGUGCUACGCACGAUGAAUCAGCUGGAAGCUUCACAGAGGCUAAACCUAUAAACUCUGUUCCAACAGAAACUCUGAAGAUUAUAUAUAUCUGUCACGAUGUUGAAGACGGAGAGAUUGUCCACAAUUACACACGUGAAGAGAUGAUGGAGAUGUUGGGCGUUGAUGAUGAAAAUUUCAAAUUCGAUUUUGAAGAAGAUCUUGGAAAGACAAGUCCUGAAGGUGACUAUGUAUUUAAGAUGGUUGAUGAAGUUGAUAACUUUGAUAAUGUUGUCAUGGAAGAUGACUCUGAAUCAGAUAAAGACGAGCCAUUUCACUAUUCAAGCAAAGAUUCAGAAGAUUUCCUAACAUUUACCGAGUUAUUCUCAAAACAUAAUGAAGAAGAUCUUCGAAGGAGAGUUGAAGAGAGAGUUCGUGAUGAAGGUAUUCCGAGAACGUUGACGAGGGAAGAGUUAAUAGAAGAGCGCAAAAAGUGGUUUAAGCCUAUGCUAGAAGAAAGAAAGUUCAAGCGACCACUAAAGUUUUUCACUCGUCAUCAGGAUCAAUCAUUAGGACCUAAAGACGUUAUCCUGGUUGGACACUAA